UGAGUCGUUGCUUAUAUUUAGCUUUUUUUCAUUUGGAUCAAGAUAUGGAUUGGGAUAUUUAUUAGUAGUAGAUGUGUAAAUAUGCAUAUUUAUCUUGUUUGACUAUGAAAUUUUUAUUAUUGAAUUGAUAUUACCUUAUUAAAUACAAAUACUUUAAGGUAUGAAUUAAACUAGCUAAUUACCAGGUCUCCAGGUUUGAAACCUUCCCGGUGGUGGCAAACACAAGUAUCCAGGCUCCCUCAAAUUUCCAGAUAAGUUAUCAAACACAUUAUUUUUCUAGGACAAGGAGCUAGGUCAUCUAGCUUUUGAGGUAGGCCGAACAAGGGGCUAGGUCAUCUAGCUUUUGAGGGAGUCCGAACUUCCAGCUUCUAGGGAACUGCCUGCUUCUGGUUGUCGAACAGGCCUAGAGUGAAAUUAGUGAAAAGCCCUACUUAAUGAAAUUUGUAUGGCCCAAGAACGCUCGAGGAUGUGCACUGAUUUUCUCUAGCACCAUUCUUUCUCCAGAUUCAUGGAGUAUUCUGUGUAAUGUCUGAUGGAUGCUUUGGGUGUUAUACUGGGUUUAUUUUUUAUUAGAACCGGAGAAAGGUUUCAUUGGCUUUUCUUUGGCAGCAGAACAAGAGGAAAUAUUUAAUGAGUUUUCUUCUAAGAGAGAUGAUUACUAGCUUGUCUUUCUCUAGCAGCAAAAGGAGAGAAAAAAUUUACUGGGUUCUCUUUAAUUUCGCAAUAGAAUAGAAGACGAGAGAAGAUUCACUGGUCCUGUUUUCUUUGAAGCAGAGGAGAGAGAGAAAAGAGAGAAUCCCUGGAUAUAGACUCGGUAUGCUCUUCUAUUUUCAGGUGCCAUGGACUUCUCAGAGGACUGGAAAUCUCAGUUUCCUGUAGGCUCGGUCUUCUCUUGCCCCCGCCUCAUCACCGGCGAAUCUGCUCACUCCCUUGGCCCCCUCUGCUUUUCACCAAUCAACCCUGCAACCCACUUUCUAUCGCUAGCCAACACUCCAGUCUGCUAUUCUCCUCCGCCAACAGCCCAAGACGUCUUUUCCACCGCUGAUUGGUUCUAUCGACGAUCAGAUGAUGACUUCAUUCCUUUCCCUCUCAUCUUCUCCACCACCAAAAGUGCAGCAGGAAAACAUUCUUCACGCCAUUUUUUUGGUAACCCCCUCCAUCUUCUCACCUGUCGCAACGGUGAAUUUCUCCUUCUUUUCCCAUCUGGAGAGAAUUCUGAUCGGCUUGCCUGUGUAGUAGGCAGGAGAGAGAGAGACAAUGGUGGUGGUUUUUCCCUCGUCAAGGAUAGUGUUUUCCUUCUUUCUCCAAGUUUCAAGAAUCGAAUAAUUCGGGUCUCUGUGAUCUCAACGGCAGACUGUGCCUCUUCCUCUGAAGUAUGCGAUCAAUUUACAGAGGGUUUUGUUCUACUUUGUUCUCAUUAUGAGGUUCAUUGGCUUCGAGUUGGUGUUAGGAAUUCGACACCAUUAUCACAAAAUUUAGCAUCAGCCACCUUUAAAAAUCAGGUGGCCCAUGCAUGUUGGAGUCCAUAUUUGCCUGAAGAGAGUGCCGUAUUGUUGGUUAAUGGGGAAUUGAGAUUAUAUGACUUAAAUUAUUGUGUUGGGGUCAAGAAUCUGCCUGUGAAAUUUAAAGGAGAGUUGGUUUCGAAGAAUUUGGGGAGUUUGAUUUCAAGAGAGUCUGACAACGAUUGGUUUUGUUGUGAAUUUGGAUGGCAUCCUAGAGUUUUGAUUGUUACUUCUAAAACCUCGGUUUUGAUGGUUGAUUUUAGGGACAAGAAGGUGAAGGUUACAGUUUUAGCAAAGAUCGAAUUAUGCGAUUCUGUCAAGCACCAUUUCAUAGAGAGUGAUAGAUUUCAAGCUUUUUGCAAAGCCAGUUUUGAUGGUUUCCUGUUCUCGGUGGCUACUAAAUACUAUCUGUUACUGUUUGACACUAGGAAGCCAUUAGAUCCUGUAUUGCAAUGGGAUCAUCAUCUGGAUCAUGUGCGUUACAUUAAUAUGUAUAGAUUAUCAGAUCUAAGACCAUCUAAUGGAACACUUAAAUGGGUUUCUGAUUCAGGUUACGUUAUUUUGGUGGGUUCUUUUCGAAAUUGUGAAUUUAGCCUUUUUUGUUAUGGGCCUCAUCCUAUAGUUGAUUUGAAGCCAGGUUGGACCUCUGAUAGUGGUUCUUUAUAUGCUUGGGGUCUUCCAUCUGAGAUCGCUUUGGUUUCACAGGAUUGUUGUUGUGUUGAUUGUGAAUUGAAAGAAGAAUUCAGGACAGAUUCAUAUAAGCUGCAAAAGCGUGAGAAGGUUUUGGGUUUUUGCAUACUUAGUGAGCCAUGUUCAGAGAGAUAUGAAGAUGAUUGUACAAGUGGUUUCUUUAUGAUUAGGCUGACAUGUAAUGGGAUCUUUGAAACAUUGAAAUACCAGGCUUUGUGGGAUUUCUCUUGUGUAAAGUCCAGUUGUAAACCGGUUCAGGUACAAUCCAAGACUACAUUUUCUUCACAUGUGGAACCAGAAGACAUCGAUCAUCUCAAAUUGCUGCACAAAAAGUUUGAUUACUUCUUGGGAUACUUUAGUGGUGGUCCAACUCUUGUUGAAGUUUUGAAUUCGAGACUAGAAGAAACUUCAAGUAGAGGAUCAAUGCAUUGUAACAAUGUUGAAAGUACCGAAGCUGCAAAGGAGUUAAUAUUGGAGGCAUGGAAAGCUUCAGGUCAGGUGGAGUUUGGCUCACUUCCCUCGAUGGACUAUGUUCUUGGUGAUAUAAAUACUCCUAGCAGUGCUCAUGAAAUUAUAUCUAAGAGAAUGUGGACUGGUCUAAAUUUGUGUUAUGUGGAGUUGGCAUUUGUGAGGAAUUCAGAUCUUAAUCACACUGGUCAUGACUUCUUGGCCAUUCCUAGCUCCUCUUCCACUCAAUUGCCACCGUUUCCAUUUCGUGUACCAUCGAAAAGUUAUGGGAGAUCGCGCUCCAAGGCCACUAAGAAGUGUGAUCACGUUGGUCCUCCCACUGAGAAGGGUGAUGUAAUUGAUCUAGUGCCUCCCCAUCUAGUUGGGCCAGUGCUCCCACUUCCCCUUUUGCUAACUUUUCAGAUCAUCGAUAAAGGAAGAGCAUCUUUUGUUCCUAAGAUUAAUUGGUUGUCUGCAGAUGCGGAAAUGGGUAAUCAAUGUCAAGAACUCAUCAGUUUAGCCAAGAGUUCGAAACUGUCGAAAUCUCGUCGUAGACCUGAAUUGCCUUAUGCUGUGUCUCUCUCUGAUGAUUAUAAUGCAUGGACUGAGUCCCAAGAGCCCGAAGAAGAGGGGCACUUAUUUCUGCAUGAGACCCAAGCAAAUAAUUUGGAUCCUGAGAAGUCACCCCUUGAAAACCUUUCUUUUGGGAAAUCAGAAUUUGGUCAUUACAAAGACAACAGAUUUGAUCUUUUUAUUAAUGCAUUGCAUAAGAAAAAUUGUGAUCCUAGAGGUGAAGAGAAACUAGAUGCAUCAGAACUCUUUGACGAGCUAAGCCCUGUGAAGCUGAAUUUUGGUGGAUCUAGAGUCAAAGUUGAAUCAAAAGAGAUGGAAAUAUUUAAAUGCUUGACGAAAAGAUUUUCUCAAUGGCAGGAAGGUUUCAAGCCAUACCAAGAUUAUUUGUUAUCGAAGAUGGAGAAAGGUGGAGAGUAAAAGAUGGAGAAAGAAGAUGGUCAUAGUAUGUAUCUCCACUUUGAAUUGGCUUUUUUCAUCUGGUUUGGAUUGGCUGUUUUCUCUUUGGACUUUAUUUCUUGAUGUGACACUGGCAUUGGGUCUUAAUGAGGGUGUGAUACGGGCUUUUCAUGUGUCAAAUGCACUUUGAAUUCCCUUUCUGGUGAAUGGGUCCCCACCCUAUGUUGUCCCCCUCUAUUCGUUUUGAAUAACAGGUUUAUAGACUUGAAACUUAGAAUUUCCUUUUCGACACAACUGACCUUCGGUUUUGUGCUCUCCUUUCUUAUGCAACAUUAUUCUCAUGUCUUGUGAUGAGAAUUCUUCCUUUGAUGUAUGAUGUGUGGAUCCUAUUUAUUGAUAUUAGAAAACAGUUUGUGUUCUUCUUAGAUUAAGGCAAAGAAUAAAAGGAACAAAGAACUGUAUUUAUUUUUUAAAGAAUAUAUUAUAUUAUUAAUUGGAAUACCUUUUU